UUUCCCCAACGCGCCACCGCGAAACCGGGGAACCCGCGCUGAAAAACCCCAACCGAACCUGCUAGGCACCGUUCCCCCCCCCCCCCCCCCCCCCGCCCCCCCCCCCCUCGCCGCGCUCUAGGGUUUUUUCCGUGUCGCGCCUCUCCGCCCCUACUCCUCCCAAGAGGGGUAUUGCUCCGGCGAUGGCCUGGGCGGAGGACGAGGCGAUUGGCCCCGACGUGGCCUCCGCGGGGCUGCACGUCUCGGAGCGGAUCGGGCGUGACGCCGCCGCUCAGCCCGACCUGGAGGAGGCCCUCGAGGCCUCGCGCUACGCCUCCCACCCCUACUCCUCGCACCCCAAGGAGUGGCCUCCUUUGGUGGAAGUAGCAGAAACUAGGCAGUUACCUCCUAUGCUGGUUGAAAGAUAUAAUGCAGCUGCUGGUGAAGGAACAGCUCUUUGUGGAAUAUUUUCUGAAAUACACCGUGCCUGGGCAACUGUUGACAAUUCAUUUUUUAUUUGGCGCUUUGAUAAGUGGGAUGGGCAGUGUCAAGAGCAUAAUGCGGAUGAACAAGUGAUUUGUGCUGUUGGCCUUGCUAGAGCAAAGCCUGGAGUUUUCGUUGAAGCCAUCCAGUACCUUUUAGUAUUGGCAACUCCUGUUGAGCUGAUACUUGUUGGAGUUUGCUGUUCAGCCAGUGGUGAUGGAACUGAUCCAUAUGCAGAGCUCUCAUUGCAACCUUUACCUGAGUACAUUAUUUCUACUGAUGGUGUCACAAUGACAUGCAUCACUUGUACAGAUAAUGGUCAAAUUUUCCUAGCUGGACGUGAUGGCCAUAUAUAUGAGUUGCAGUAUACAACUGGUUCAGGCUGGCGUAAGCGCUGCCGUAAAGUUUGCCUUACAACUGGUUUAGGCAACCUUCUUUCCAGGUGGGUUUUGCCAAAUGCAUUCAAGUUCUCAGCUGUUGAUCCUAUCGUUGACAUGGUUAUUGAUGAGGAGAGAAAUACAAUUUACGCACGCACAGAAGGCAUGAAAUUGCAGCUAUUUGAUUUAGGAGCUAAUGGCGAUGGUCCCCUGAGAAAGAUCACUGAAGAAAAAAAUCUUGUUGAUCCACGAGAUGCGCCUUAUGGCAGUCGGAGGCCUAAUGCACAAAGAGCUGCACGAUCCCCAAAACCAUCAAUUGUCUGCAUUGCACCUCUGUCAGCCAUGGAAUCAAAAUGGCUUCAUGCUGUUGCAGUUUUAUCGGAUGGCAAGAGGCUGUUCCUUUCUACAUCAGGUGGUAGUAGUUCUGUUGGACUGAGCACUGGUUUGCAGAGGCCAAGCUGUUUAAAAAUUGUUGCUACCAGGCCUUCCCCACCUCUAGGGGUUGGUGGUGGUCUCACAUUUGGUGCCGUUUCAGCUGCUGGCAGAGCUCAGCCUGAGGAUCUAGCUUUAAAAGUCGAGUCUGCUUUCUAUUCCUCCGGUGCUCUUAUAAUGUCAGAUUCAUCUGCUUCAGCUAUGUCAUCCCUUCUUGCUGUGCAGAAAGAUUCAGCUGCCCAGUUAUCCCUACCCAGUACCUUUGGGACAGCAUCUAGUAGUUCAAGGGCUCUGCGAGAAACAGUUUCUGCUUUGCCUGUUGAGGGUCGAAUGCUUUGUGCCUCUGAUGUCUUCCCACUUCCAGAUGCUGCUUUCAUUAUGCAGUCUUUAUAUGCCGAUGUGGAAUGCUUUUCAGCUUUUGGAAAACCUUCUGAGAAGUCAUCCAUAAAACUGUGGGCCAAAGGAGAUCUUCCUACCCAGCAUAUCUUACCUCGGAGGAGGAUUGUUGUAUUCAAUACUAUGGGUUUGAUGGAGGUAGUUUUUAAUAGACCUGUUGACAUCCUAAGAAAAUUGUUUGAUGGGAACACCUUGAGAUCUCAAUUAGAAGAAUUCUUUAGCCGUUUUGGCACUGGAGAGGCUGCAGCAAUGUGCUUAAUGCUAGCAGCUAAGCUGCUUUAUGCUGAAGAUAGCCUGAUAAGCAAUGCAGUUUCUGAGAAAGCUGCUGAAGCAUUUGAGGACCCAGGGCUUGUCGGGAUGCCUCAAAUCGAUGGCAGCACUGCUUUGUCUAACACUCGAACUCAGGCUGGAGGCUUUAGCAUGGGACAAGUUGUUCAAGAAGCACAAACUAUAUUUUCUGGUGCAUAUGAAGGGCUUUGCUUAUGCUCUUCUAGAUUAUUGUAUCCCAUCUGGGAACUUCCAAUUAUGGUGGUUCGAGGACUGGUAGGUUCCAAUGAUUCUGGUGAUGGUGUGGUUGUUUGCAGGCUUUCUACUGGAGCCAUGAAGGUUCUUGAGAGCAAGAUCCGUUCAUUGGAAACAUUUUUGAGGUCAAGAAGGAACAAGAGAAGAGGACUUUAUGGUUAUGUUGCUGGCCUAGGCGAUUCUGGUUCCAUACUGUACAAAGCAGGACCUAGCAGUGGGAAGAGUCCAUACAGCUCCCGCAUUAGAGAUGUUGAUCCAAUAGAUCAGUCUGCAUCAAGUAAAAAGCAACGGCUGCCUUACACAUCAGCAGAACUAGCUGCGAUGGAGGUGAGGGCAAUGGAGUGUCUUAGGCGGUUGCUUCGAAGAUCUGGUGAAGCACUUUUUCUGCUUCAACUUAUUUGCCAGCAUAAUGUUGCUCGCUUGGUUCAGACACUUGGUAAUGAUUUGCGGAAGAAAUUAGUUCAGUUAACAUAUCAUCAAUUGGUAUGUUCUGAGGAUGGUGACCAGCUUGCCAUGCGCCUUAUUUCUGCACUCAUGGAGUACUAUAUUGGCCCAGAGGGCAGAGGAACUGUUGAUGAGGUCAGCACUAAAUUGAGAGAGGGUUGUCCUAGUUACUUCAACGAGUCAGAUUAUAAAUACUACUUAGCAGUGGAAUGUCUUGAGAGAGCAUCUAUGACAAACAACCAUGAUGAGAAAGACGUCCUUGCUAGAGAUGCCUUCAAUCUUUUAACUAAAAUUCCUGACUCUGCUGACUUGAGUGCUAUAUGCAAGAGAUUUGAGAACCUAAGGUUCUAUGAGGCAGUAGUGCGUUUGCCUUUACAGAAAGCUCAAGCACUUGAUUCCAAUGCUGAUGUUAUUAAUGGGCAAAUUGAUGCAAGGCAUCAUGAUACUAUAACUGCACAGCGUGAACAGUGCUAUAAAAUAGUCAUGAAUGCUCUACGAACCCUCAAGGGUGUUGGACAGAGUGGCACACAAGGUGCAGACAAGUCGUCUGGUUCAGUUACUGCACUUGAUCCAGCUUCUCGAGGCAAAUAUAUUAGACAGAUUAUCCAAUUAAGUGUUCAGUGGCCAGACACAAUGUUUCAUGAGCAUCUGUAUAGGACCCUUAUUGAGCUUGGUUUGGAAAAUGAACUUCUGCAAUAUGGAGGUUCUGAUCUGGUUACUUUUCUCCAGACCGCUGGUCGUAAGCAUCAUGAAGAGGUUCAAGGACUUCCUGUGGUUGCAUCAAAAGGCUCUAACCCGAACAAUUUGGAUGCACCUAUUUCCACUAGUCAAACAAAGUAUCUUGAGCUGCUAGCCAGGUAUUAUGUUCACAAGGGGGAGCAUAUUGCUGCUGCUAGAAUGUUGUUGAUAUUGGCAGAAAGGCAGUGCUCCAGUGCGGAAGAAGCUCCAACUCUUGACCAGAGGUAUCAAUAUCUGAGCAAUGCAGCCAUUCAGGCCAAAAGUGCAGGCAUUACUGUGGAUUCUUCGAGGAAUCCUAUUGAUAGCAGCACAGUAGAUCUACUUGAAGGCAAACUUGCAGUUCUUCGGUUCCAAAUGCAAAUCAAGCAAGAACUAGAGUUCAUGUCUUCACGACUUGAAAAUUUGCCAGGAAGUUCUGAAUUACCAAAUGAUCCCUUUCCUCAUGAUAACAUCCUAGCUGACGUGGAGUCUGCUAGAUUUGCCAUGGACAAGGCUAAAGAGCUUUCACUGAAUCUUAAGAGUAUCACUCAACUUUAUAACGAUUAUGCUGUUCCUUUUAAUCUUUGGGAGGUUUGCCUGGAAAUGCUCAACUUUGCAAAUUAUUCUGGAGAUGCUGACAGUAAGAUUGUUCGAGAAAUUUGGGCCAGGCUCCUUGACCAAGCACUUACAAGAGGGGGUGUUGCAGAAGCAUGUUCUGUGGUGAGAAGAGUAGGUUCAAAACUUGAUCCUGCAGAUGGAGCAUGUUUACCAUUGGAUAUAAUAUGCCUUCAUCUCGAGAAGGCUGCACUGGAUAGAGUAAGCUCAGAAGAAGAGUUAGUUGGUGACGAGGAUGUUGCAAGAGCCCUUCUUGGAGCCUGUAAAGAUCUACCUGAACCUGUGCUUGCUGUGUAUGACCAACUGUUAUCAAAUGGCGCUAUUGUGCCCUCCCUAAAUCUGAAGCUGCGGCUUCUGAGAUCAGUCCUUGCAAUCCUUCGUGAAUGGGGCAUGUCUGUCAUUGCACAUAAACUAGGCACCACAACUGCUGGGGCUUCAUUCUUUCUUGAUGGAACAUUUUCGCUGAAUCAAACAGGAUCUUUAAAUCAAGGCGUUCGAGAUAAAAUAAUUAGUUUGGCAAACAGGUAUAUGACUGAGGUGAGGCGGUUAAACCUUCCACAGAACCAAACAGAGAAUGUCUAUCGAGGUUUCAGAGAGCUAGAGGAGAAAUUGUUGUCUCAUUAGUCAUUUUCAUUUGUAUUCUUGACACUGUAAAACAUGGAUCGUGCAUUUGUUGUAUCAAGUAGAGAGAUAGAGCCAAGCCAUCCUGGUUUAAUUGGACAUGAACUCUGAUAGGCUAUUCCUUAGGUUCACAUCUAUGCGAGAUCCCAAGGCUACUAAGGGAUUGCAUGAUCAAUCGAUUAUUACCUAUCUGUCCAGCCCCCGUAUUUCAGUCCAGCAAUCAAUAUGAAUCCACGGAAUUACGGCUGUUGACGUGGUAAGUUGAUUUGCAGAUCUGGCUGAUUACUAGUCCUGCGAACAGGCUGAUUGCUAGUCCCGGGAACAGUGCCAUUCGUCUGUCGUUUACUUAAAUGGAUCAGGAGAGUGGAAAGUGAACCAAAGCUCUUAAAGGGACACAAAGAUCUCUUGUUGCAUUCGUGCUCUCAAUUCUUUUUUGUACCAUGUUGUAAAGUUCCAUACCAAACGAUUCCUAAAGGCUGUAGGUUUAUGUAUUGUAGGCUUGUAGCCUUCCACAUUGUUUUUGUCAGAACAUUGUUUCUGUACCGUA